UGACUGUUGAGCAUUCUUUCAAUUUUAUAUGACUUCUUCUUUGCUAUUCUGUAGAAUAUCUCAAAGCUACAACAUUCAAAAUGGUGGUCCCAUAGACACGCACCAAAACGAGGCGCACAUAAUUAUUAAAGGGGGGAAUCGAAGCGCAUGCAUUACAGUGACGUCUUUGCUAUCCUCGCUGAUUGUGUUGAAAAUACACCAGAUUAUCGAGUGGUAAGAGGGUGGUAGCAGUGAUUGUGUCAAUUGUUGUUUUUAUCACAAGAAAACGAAAUUCGUAUCUUUGCGCCGAGGUAGAAAAUGAAAAUUUCAAAACGAAACGACUACACAAAGGCGGAAAAUGAUGUUAUCGACAUCCUCGAAAUCGAAACUACGCCAUUUGGGUGCCGGAUGUGGCUUUGUACGAGUUCAACGCGAGGUCCAUUUUCAUGUCAAGACCUCGAGUCUAUGUAAAUUACCCAAGUCUACAUUAAUUAUAAUUUAAGACAUUGAGCGUUUUUGUAACGCUUUUGAUCGCUCCACCGCUUGCUCGUGGGUAAUGUUAUUGAUCAUGAAAGUUCAAACUUGAGACACUGUUUUCCAACAGAUUACCAAUACAGUUAAUGCUGUUUAUACUUGUGAUUAAUAUCACUAAGUGUUGUAAAUAUGGGACUAUGCAGUCUUUGUCAUUUAAAUAAUUGCGGUUGAAAACACAGUAUCAGCUUUGAAAACGAUCAUAUUAUCGAAUGGCCGAUAGACAAAGAUCUAACAAGAGACUACAUCAUGGUCUCUUGGAUUAAUUCAACCAUACAAUCCACAUUGUUCAAGAUUUCAGCUCUUGCGUUCAGCUUCAAUUUCUUUUAGUCUGCUUUUUGCUGCAUGAGCCUCACGCGCCGGUCAGUCAAGCGAAUCGUGAGUCAGCGGAUUCCUUCCCAUGUCUCAAAUUAAAAGGCAUAAAUAAUAUCUCAGUUUUCCUUGCUGCAAAACCGGAAAUUUGCAUUCGUCGACUUCAACACGGACAAGGUGAAGAUGAAUCGCUUCGGGUGGGUUUUAUUCGUUGCAUUGGAAAUUUCCCUCGUAAAUUACGCGUCUAGUUCAACACACCAGAAGUUGAAUAGCACGUUAUUCGCCGAUUGUGCAAAAGCGGGCUACAAUGUUACCGGAUUUUAUCCAGACAGAACACAGAAACAACUUUCCGGUUCAUUUGCAAGUAUGCGGAGCAAGUUUAAAAACUGUUCUUCGCUAUCAGGUUUAAUGACUUGUUCGCUUCAGCUUCCAAAACGUCCAACGGUAGUUCCAACUUUACCGUGCAAAGAAGCGUGCAAGAAUUUUGUUUCAGACUGCCAGAACAGGUCGAGCGUGAACGAUGGACUGAUUGCUUUAUUCAGAGAUAUUUGUGAGCUCCUUCCUUCGGACAAAUGCUUGCCAACGACAAACAACUUCAGUAACAGUGCUCCUGAAGAUGUCAAUUGCAGACGACUCACCAUAAAGCAGUGCCAAAAUGCUGGAUACAACUUCACUUCAGUGUCAGAUGCAUACCAGCAGAUGGUGGAAUCAAGCGCAAUCUUUCAGGACGGCGGUGUCAACUCCACGCUGCGAAGAAUAAUCUGCAUGGAGAUUGCACCACCUUGCGAUGCCAAAAAUAAGCAGAAAUUAAUUGUUCCCUGUAGAUCUUUGUGUGAUGACGCAUAUAAUGAGUCACAGUCAGAGUUUGUGAAAGUUUUCAAGACUCAAAAAUACUGCUCAACGUUUCCGGAGUCUCCAGAGAACACAACUGGGGAUAGGAGAGAAUAUUGCACUCUCCAGACUUGGCCAGAUAAUGGAUAUUGGCCAAGUGGUUUGUGGGAAUCCCUUACCACAACAGGUCAGCAACCGACGCCUCCAACCAUGGCUAACAAAACCACGCCUGUACCGUCGUUUAAUACAACCACGCCUACGCCGACUUCAAGUGCAACCACGCCUGCACCGACGGUUAAUACAACCACGCCUGCACCGAAGGUUAGCGCAACCACGCCUACACCGACGGUUAAUACAACUACGUCUCAUACAUCCAAGCCCGUGUCGACGACCAGUGUGACCGCCUCUGUUUCGAAAGCUAAUGGAACCACGCCUGCACCCACAACUAAAGUUACCACGCCUGCUUCCACAGCUAAUGGAACCACGCCUGCACCCACAACUAAAGUAACCACGCCUGCAGCUUCGACUAAGGGAACCAUGCCUGCAUCCACAGCCAUUGAAACCACGCCUGCACCCACAACUAAAGUAACCACGCCUACACCCUCUACUAAGGGAACCACGCCUGCAUCCACAGCUAAUGAGACCACGCCUGCAUCUUCGACUAAGGAAAUCACACCUGCACCAACAACUAAAGUAAUCACGCCUACACCUUCUACUAAUGGAACCACGCCUGCAUCCACAGCUAAUGAGACCACGCCUACAUCUUCGACUAAGGAAACCACACCUGCACCCACAACUAAAGUAACCACGCCUACACCUUCUACUAAUGGAACCACGCCUGCACCCACAACUAAAGUAACCACGCCUACAUCCAAAGUUAAUGUAACCACGCCUGCAUCCAAAGCUAAUGUAACCACGCCCACAUCUUCUACUAAGGAAACCACGCCUCCAUACACAGCUAAUAAAACCCAGACCGCACCUUCUACUAAGGGAACCACGCCUGCAUCCACGCCUAAAGGAACCAAGCCUGCAUCUUCUUCUAAGCCUGCACCUACGUCUCAUAAGUCAAGUACAAGCAGCGGUUCAACUUCUGGAAUGAAAGCUCACACCAAAGGUUCGUCUCCUCCAGUUGCCAGUGCAAGUAAUGGCGGGAAAAUGUCUGCAGGAGCCAUCGCUGGUACAGUACUUGGUCCACUAGCACUCCUGCUCGCCAUUGUAGUUGGCGCCAUUUUUUUCAGAAGAUAUCACCGAACGAAAAGUCAAUACAGACACAGUCUUAUGGUGGAUAUGGAUGAAUUGUAACUUAACAAAUGACUGUGCAGUGAGUUAAGUCUUUAUUACAGUGGUGGUACACGACCUGUGCGAGAUUUAAACUUGAAUUUUUUGCGACAGUUUACUCUUUUAAUAGCGAAGGAAACAUUGUCUGUAUUUUGUGGUACAUACUUCUUAGUUAUCUUUCCACUGCAGGAUCACCACUGUAAAAUAAUUAUUUUCCUUUCAAGAAACAGGAGUUCAAGUAGCUUUAUUAGAAAUAGAUCUCUUUGUUGUUAUCUGAUAGCGUACCAAGAGAAAAAAGGCUUUUCUCUAUAAUGUUUUUUUUUUUAAUUGCCUUAUUUGUAGUGGCAGGUAUUUUGGUUUUUGAUAGUUAAUGCAAGCUGUAUGACUAGUUUUGAUACGUAACUAUUUUCGAAAAAUAUUUGCCCAGGACAGAACUUACAAGUGUUCAGUGUACGAUCAAAGGUUCUGUACGAUUGCUAAGUAUAAGUUAAAAUAUGAGAAGCCCAAAACCGCAGACAUGGAAAGUUUUGCUUUGAAUAAAGCUUUUGGUGUUGUACUGA